AUGCCAUCCAUGAAUGGAUUCACAGUCAUUCUGGUUGAUGCGAAUCAAUUGCCUAUUCCAGAAACCAUUGUUCAUUCAAGCAACACAUUCUUAGGCGUGCGAAUCCAAACAGAAGUAGCAACUUCACCCUGUGCUGUUAAAUCCCAAUCAAUUGUUCAAUCAUCUACCUUGUCAAAAAAUCAGCUACCCUAUUGUUUUUCGAUUCGCAUUGACAAUACUGGUAUUGAUCCAUCAUUGUUUGAGCGUGGCCCGGAAAUUAUGCUUGGGUGUAAAAAGGGAAACAGAAGCAGCAAGAAAGAAUGUAGUUUACAGUUGGAACACGAUAGGCAACCGGUAUUACGGGUAUGUGUCGUUGUGAUUGUAAAUGGCCGGUUGGUAUUUGCUCAUACUCUCCGAUCGCGUCAUGAAUCCUUUGAUAUUACUGGGUGUCGAACCAAGUUUGGUGUUGUUUCUCCCCUAAUAUUUAGUGGUGAAAAUGAUUUGAAAGAUGAAGGAUACACUACAAAAGUAUCUGUGGAAUUAUGGCAUUGCAAGGCUCAAUGUGUCGAUCAAGGCUAUUCUUUAUGGGACGAUACAGUACCAUGCGAUCCCAAAGCUACAUUUCUUGCCAAUGAGCUAUACUCCAGACUCGAUACAAAGAAUGACGGUUCAAAUGUCUUGUCGCUCGAGUGCAAGCGGCUUGGUCCUCAUCCGCUUCUUUCUUUCGACAUUCGCGGUGCAUCAACAUUUAGAUCGGAUUUUGCCAUUGACAGCUGGCAUCCGCUGUCAUGUGUUCCGUUACCGCGAUGGACACAGUCUGCGUCCGUGUCAUGUCCUAUGACACCACCUCGCGAUCAUUGUCCACAGCAGAUGGAGUUACCUCACCAAAUCCAAGGUGUCUGCAGUGCUAUAUCUCAACUUGCUACAUUAGAAUUAUCAUCAAAACAUCAUUAUCAACAACAAACUCCACCUCGGUUUGCCUGUAAACCUUUGGAUUCAAUUCUCCAUACAUCUUCAUCACCUCUCCAACUCCAAAAAAAAAGCAUCCCGAAUCAUCGCCGCUAUGUGUUCCAAGAACCAACUGUAAUGGUCAUGAGUCAAUCUCUUCGUACCAACACGAAUCAACCCGAUUUGAUGCGAUCGGUUUGUUAUGCUGAUACAAUCGACAAACAUCGACAUCUUGUGCUUCCACCCAUUAACAGGUUGGCUAUUCCUGUCAAAACACCUUGA